AUGACUAUUUAUAAUUUUUACUUAUUCAAUCGAGAUGGAACUUGCAUUUUUUACAAAGAAUGGAGAAGAGAUAAGCAAUCUGGAAUGGCCAAAAGCGAGGAGUUUAAACUAAUGUUCGGAAUGCUAGUUUCGCUUCGCUCAUUCUCGGAGCGACUUUCAAGUAAGGAUGGACAUCAGCUGGUUCGCUAUUUCAAAACGUCCUCAUAUCGCUUGAAUUAUAUGGAAACACCCACUGGUUUAAAAAUGGUAAUGAAUACCGAUCCAUCGGCUGUUGGUAUUCCUGAGCUAAUACGAUCUAUCUAUCAGGUAACGAAGUUGCUAGCGUUUAUAUCAUCCGUGCUUUCCAGAAUGUUUACUAGAUUUGAUUUAAAACCUCAAGAAUAUUUAUGCGUGUUCUUUAUGAAUAUAUAA